AUGGCACGUUUCAAGCAAAUCGUGGCGCACUGCACGGUGGACGACGAGGCCGCCCUCGAAGCCUUAUACCAGAAAACAUGGUACAAAUCACCUUUUCAUAAAGAGCUUCGCAGGAACAGACCCCUCACCCUUGAGGACGCGCUCCACAAGUCAAACAUCUUCAUCGCGGAAGAAGAAGAAGAGGCCGCCAAAGAUCGGCAGUAUUCAGCGUCAAAGCCCGGCCAGACCUUGACCGCAAAGGAUAAUUCGGAAACAAAAGUCCAGUCCGGCAAACCGCAUGGAGUAGUGAACCAGGCGGGACCGUCAAAUCAAAAGUCAGGACGGCCGCCGAAAUCUUGGAACACAUGGCAUAAAGACGACGAUACGCCGCUAAGCGAACGUUUUUGCGAAUAUCACGAGCGAUAUGGGCAUAGCACGGAGAAAUGCCGACAUCUGAGGGACUUCUUACUUCAACAGUUCCGCAAGGGCGAGAUCGACACCGCAGACCUGCCUAAACCGAGACCACGGCGACCGAACCCACGACCAAACAAAUCCGGCAAUCAAGAGACUGCUAAGGCAGCCGACUCUGAUGAAGAACAGGUUGCUCCCCCUAAGCGAGACCGCGAAGCACCGAAUAGAGAAACGAACGUACCUAAAACUAGGAAGAAGGUCAAUAUGAUUAUGGGAGCCCUCGAAUCAUGCAAUUAUUCUGUUCGAGCCCUCAAAGAGUACAGCCGGCAAGCAUCGAGUUCGCAACCCCAGACAACGGUUACAACCAUACCACUGUUAUUCACCGAAGCCGACCUGCGGGGAGUACAUAUGCCUCAUAACGAUUGCCUCGUCGUGGAGCUUCAGCUCGGAGACGUUGAAGCAAGCAGGAUAUUAAUCGACAUGGGUAGUUCGGUAAACGUCAUAUUCAAGGAAACACUCAAGAAUAUGGACUUUCCGGAUUCCGAGAUCAAGCCUUAUAUGGAAUCAUUGACCGGGUUAACCGGAGAAAAAACAAGGACAGUAGGAACGGUGAAGAUACCCAUUUAUGUCGGCGGGUCAGCCCGAAUGAUUAAAUUCCUGGUUCUCAACAAACCGGCAAUAUACAAUGCGAUUUUUGGGACGCCAUGGCUGUUCGACAUGAAAGCCGUCGCUUCAACGUUCCAUCAGUGCGUCAAGUUCCCAACCCCGUCAGGAAUUUUCACCCUCAAAGGAAGCCAGACCGCGUCCCGACUAUGUCAUCUCACCGAGUGCAAGCUCAGUCUCGCAUGA